AAACCGAUUCUAAAGAGCGCAGUUACAUUUUAACUCUACUCGGUGACACAUCUGCAAUACGGACGGGCUAGAAAUAAAUACAUAAUAAUAAAAAGCAGCAGCAAAACAAGCAAAGAAAGAAAAUUAUUGUAAAAGAAUUAUUGUUUUUUGUGUAUAAUAAUAUAAAAAAAACAGCUACAAGAAAUCUUGUUUAAUAUUCUAUAUAUAUUUUAAUUAUAUAUAAAAAAUUUUCCAUAAAUUAAAAUUAAUUUAACACAAUACAAAUGUGUAGCUAAAUUUUCCCACACUAAAGAGGUGGCAUUAUUUAAACAAAAAACAACUACAAAAAGAUAAACAAAGGUAGAAAACAAAUUGUUUAAGUGCAAAACCAGAAAAGGGGGGCUAAACGAGAAAAAGUAAUAGAAAUAUUUUUAAGAAAUAAAAAAAUACUACUACUGCCUUGUUAAAAAAACACAACAGCCUAGAAUAACACUCCGUAUAAACGUGUGUAUAGUAAUUUUUUAAACCAACUACACAACAUUUAUUGAUUGUAUCUUAAGAAAAAUAUAUAAAAAAAACAAAUAACAAGAGAAAAAAAUAUACACAAGAAAUUUUCAAGAAAAAUUUAAAUAAUUUUAAAAUUGCUUAUAAUAAAUAAAUAAAUACAAAAAAGUAGCUAUAAUUUCCAUUAACAAGAAACAAAGGAUAAACCUUUUGAAAAGUCUUAAAAAAAAUUAUUAAAAAGUAAAUCUCUUUUAAUAAAAAAAUGGUACAAAAAUUUCAAUCUCCCGUCAGGGUUUAUAAACAUCCUUUCGAGUUGGUGAUGAAGGCCUAUGAAAAACGUUUUCCCACCUGUCCGCAAAUGCCCAUAGUGCUUGAUUGUGAAAUCACCAAAGAUGAAAUUUUAGAAAGUGGCGCUAAACGUAAUACCAGCAGACGUUGCAAACUGGCCGUUGAUGCUCCCUAUAUCUUUAAAAAACUGAUAGGAGUGGACGUUGUCUAUUUCAUACAACAUAAUUUCCUUGAUUUAGCCAAUCGCACUUUGAGCAUCGAAGCCACCAAUGAGAGUUUUUCCUCUAGAAUCGAAAUAUUCGAAAGAUGCCGCUACUACGCUCAUCCGGACAAUCCGGAUUGGACGUGUUUCGAUCAAACUGCCACCUUGGAUAUAAAGAAUUUUUUUGGUUUUGAACAUUCCAUGGAGAAAAUGGGCAUGAAACAAUACACCCAGACCACCUUAAAAGGCAAAGAGAUUAUUGAAUAUUUCAUACAAGAAUUGAAGGAGGAGGGUCUAACAGAAGUUGAAAGAUGGCAGCCACCACCAGAUGCUCCCCUGUCACCCAAAUCUCGUGAAGAGGAGGAUAAGGAUAAUGAUAAAAAUGGUGCUAGCCAUGAUAUACUGUUGGAUGGUGAUUUUAUAGCCAAGCAUUUGGGUCAAUUGACGCCCAUGCAAGAGUCAAAAUUACUGGAAUUGAGAAAGCUGCUAGAAGACAUAGAAGAUCUCGACAAAAUGCCAAGUUAUCAAAUGAUUUUAAGGUUUCUGAGAGCCCGUGAUUGGCAUGUUAGUCAGGCUUUUAAUAUGCUAAGAGACUCGUUGAAAUGGCGUCAGGAAAACAAUAUCGAUUCAUUGCUAACCGAUUAUAAAACACCGGCUGUGGUGACAGAACAUUUUCCAGGAGGUUGGCAUCAUUAUGACAAAGAUGGCCGGCCUAUUUAUAUCUUGAGAUUGGGUCAUAUGGAUGUUAAGGGUUUGCUAAAAGCCAUAGGCACAGAGGGCUUCUUGAAAUUGGCCUUACACAUUUGCGAGGAGGGCAUACAGAAAAUCAACGAAUCGGCUGAAAAUUUGGGUAAACCAGUUUUGGACUGGUGUUUAUUGGUGGAUUUAGAGGGUCUUUCCAUGAGACAUUUAUGGCGUCCUGGUGUUAAAGCUUUACUUAAUAUAAUUGAAAAUGUAGAACGUAAUUAUCCCGAGACCAUGGGUCGUGUGCUGGUGGUUAGGGCACCCCGAGUAUUUCCCAUAGCCUGGACCAUAGUAUCAGCUUUUAUAGAUGAAAAUACCCGCUCUAAAUUUCUUUUCUAUGGGGGUCCAGAUUGUUUACACAUGCAGGAUGGUUUAGAGCAAUAUAUAGAUAAUGACAUUAUACCCGAUUUUUUGGGUGGACCCUGCAAGACGCUUAUACACGAAGGCGGUUUAGUGCCCAAGACUCUGUAUAAAAUGAACUCUUUGGAGGAGGAAGAUCAUCAGGAACAUGCCAGCAAAACGGAAGGCAGCAAUACUAGUGGCCUGGGUAAUAAACAGCAUUUACAUCAAAAUCUUUAUAAAACGGUGGAAUUGAAAACUGGUUAUACACAUGAGGUGGUCAUAAAGAAUUCAGAUCCGAAAAGUGUUUUAACUUGGGAUUUUGAUGUAAUGCGCAGUGAUUUACAUUUUACGUUGUAUAGAGUGACCAAGGAUUUGCCGGAGAAACAUGAUCUAGCGGUUUCCUUUUUUGAUUCUGGAGAUUUUCAAGAGGGUGUCAACUAUUUCAAGGAAGAACCCAGUUUGAUAUGUCACAAUAAGGAGAGUGUGCAGGGCUCCCAUGUUAUGAAUCACAAAGACAGUUAUGUGCUGCAUUGGUUUAGUCCCAGCUGUAGCUCUGAGGGAGCAGCCCAAUUAAAUUAUUUCUAUGAAGUUUUAAGUUCGGCCAACUAUCGUGGCUCCAUGACCAGCUUACAGUCGGGCUUCUCUUCAAACUCAGCCGCCAGUUCUUGUCAAAGUCGAUGAUAUGAAGCCAAUAAUGCUAAUCAAGACAAUGGCGCCUUAGAUUUAAUGCAAAUGCCAGAACAUCAUCAUCAGCUCAAUUCAGGAACUUUAAUGGAAAAAAGUCUGAAUUAAGUUUAAUUAAAUAUUUAGUUAAAUAUUUUAAGAAUUUCUCAAACUAUAGGUUUUGUUUCAACAAUUGUGAUUUAUUUUAAAAUGUUUAUACAUAAAUUUGCUUUAAAUUAAUAACGAAAUCUUAAAUAUAUAAGUUGAAAAUGCCAAGCCCCUAUUAACUUAUCUACAACUUUUACUAACACAAAAGACCAAAAGCUACACUCACAACAAUGAAAUUCAUACGAGUAGAAAAACAAACCAUCAACAAUAAAUUUGUUAGAAAUAUUGUUUAAAAAAAACAAAUUCCAUUUUAAAAUGGUUGUACAUGAUUAAGGCAUUAAUAAAACCAUACAUACGAUUUUGAGGAACAUAUUUUUAAGGGUCAAUUGUUUAAAUUAUAAAAGAAAAUAUAAA